GGGUGGAGGGUAGCACCAGACGGCGAUACAUACCGUCCUGGCACUUGGGCCACUCAGCUGCCAUCCAACAUCCUGAGCAGAGGGACCCAGGACAGCUCUGUAUGGUGGCAGGAUGGGGGCACAGCCUUCCUGUCCCCUGGGGAAAAGGCGGCAGCAACAGCUUCAGGGUCAGGUGGAUGGCAUGCUGAGGACCUUCCUGCCCUGUUACCGCAGGCAGCUGGCUGCAGCUAUGCUCAGGCACAUCUCCCAGGAGCUGGGACCCCAGGAGCCAGCCGGACGCCAGCUGUCCCACACCAAAAAGCUGCCUCGAGUCAGGGAGCAUCAGGGACCCUUGACCCUGCUCCAGGGCCGCCCGCCACAGUGGCAGCCCGCCUUCUGUGUUCUGCGUGGAGAUGGACGUCUAGAAUGGUUCAGUCACAAGGAGGAGUAUGAGUCUGGGUGUCGUCCGCUGGGCUCCACAGCUCUGACAGGGUAUACACUGCUCACAUCCCAGCGUGAAUACCUCUGCCUUUUGGAUGACCUCUGCCCCAGCUCCUCUGGAGACCUUGCCCUGGAGGAGCCGCUGCGGGUGCUGGAGGAACCUGUGAGCUUCCCGCUCUUCCUCGUACACCCCUUCCGUGCUCACCUCUGCUUCUGCGCUCACUCUCGGGGGGCGCAGCGCGCCUGGAGGCUCGGCUUGCAGGGUGCCAUUCGUCUGAGAGCCACCGGUGCGUCGCAGGAGCAGCGGGGUGCAGUCCUGCAGCGCAGCCGGGCGCCCGCAGCCUGCGCCUUCCUGGACGCCGUGCUGCUCUAUCGACAACGCCGGGGCUACGCUGGUGGAGACGACGCGACACUGGGCUCCGACGCAGAGGUACUGAGCGCUGAACUGAUGCGGGAGCUGUUGCCAGCGCUGCGAGCACAGGCGCUCCGAGGGCUGCGCGGUGCGGGACGCGCCCGAGCUCGGGCCUGCGCGGAGUUCCUCGACGCCGUGCACGCAGCCGUCCUGGCCGGGGCAUCCUCGGGGCUGCGUGCCUUCCAGCCAGAAAAAGACGCAUUGCUGGCGGCUCUGGAGAGGAUGGUGCGCGCAGACCUUGAGCAGAUCCUACAGCAGCGGGCACUCGGGGCUCGGAGAACAGAAGGAUCUACUCUGCUGCCCAAUUAUCAAGACCCGGGUUUGAAUCUCGUUCUACUUCCUCUGCCUACACCUUUGGGCCAAGUCUCGCUGCUCCUAGCUUCAGUUUCCCUAGCUGUAAACCGAGAUCCAGGACGCAGUAGAGGCAUGCCUGUGCCGCAAGGUGGACCCGCAACUGCCGCAGCUUACUCUUGCGCUGCUGAGUCCUGUGGAAGCCACGCUCCAAGCUGUUCGGACCCUUCUCAUCCAGGGGAUGGACCGGCUGUGUCACUACCUUCGCAAGAACCCUUCUGGCACUCGGCUGUGCAGGUUUAUGAAUUUGAGGAGAUACCAUGGGACCCAGAGCUGAUGCAGGCCUGCUACCGGGAGGCAGAGAGGAACCGCAACCAUCUAGCUCAGCUGGCAAAACCCUUUGGUUUCCUGGGGAUGCGGAGCCUGGUGUUUGGGGCCCAAGACCUUGCACAACAGCUCAUGGCGGCUGCAGUCACCACCUUUCUGCAGCUGGCUGACCAGUGUCUGACAUCAGCUCUGGACCGCAGCCAGGCAGCUGAGCAGCUGGAGAAAGUCAGGGGCCUUGUGCUGAAGAAGUUCACCUCGGACAGUGAGACUACGCGAUGGACGUUCACCCGGGACUGGCUGCUGGGGAUCUUCUGGCCCUUCGUAUGGAGCCAGCUUGGGAUGAGAUGUAACUUGGAACCACCAGAGGUGGAUGGGGACAUCCUGGCCAUGGGCUGGCAGGUUCUGACCACUGAGGGUGUCUACAAGGAUGUCAUUCAGGGCAUCUUGCUGCAGAGGAUUGACAGAGAGUUGAAGAACGUUCUUGGUGCCAGGGACAGAGCCUGCUCUCUAGAUGACUGAUGAGUAGCCCAGUGGGACCAGGAAGGAAAAGACAGGGAGCAUCCAGGUGACAGUUGUCACUUCACAGAGGAGGAAGCUGGUGCUCGGAUCUGAGAGAGAGAGAGAGAGAGAGAGAGAGAGAGAGAGAAAGAAAGAGAGGCUGAAACUCUUACUCUGCAGGCCAAAUGCAGCCACUCCAUACAACAUGGCUUCCAAGAACUGUCCAGAGCUGAGUCCUAACCCAUCCACAGCCACCCUGGAGGACAAUGGAUAAAGGUCUGGAGUUGCCUCCCUGGGCCAAGUGUAUGAAUGCUUCUGACUUUGUAACUUAUGUAUCCAACAAAGUAUCUUAGAUGGUAUAUUCCUGAUAAAAUUUGUACACUCAGAUUCUGAGUUAGCCUGGGCUACCAUAAUAAGACACUGUCUCUAUAAAACAACCCAAAACCUCUGUUAAUAUGCUACAUGUAAUGCUACAUUUAAUUUCAUUUUUAUCUUUAUUUAAUUUUUUCUUAAAAUUCUGUACGUUUCU